CGCUGUUUCGGCGGCGGGGCGGGGUUUGUUUUGAGAGUUGACCGUAGAGAGAAGACACCAGGAAAGAUGGCGACCGCGGGGUUCGCCAAACAUCCUGUCAGCCCGACCGGCACGGCCGCUGCUGGGUCGUCCCGGUUGGUGUCGGGGGCUGGAGCCGCUGGAUGCCGGUCCGGGUCCAAACCCCCAGAAAGCACGGCGAAGAAAUGCUCAGGCGGCGCUGAGAGUCAGCCCGGUCGCAGCACGGCCUGUCCCCCGUGCCUGGUCCGGAGACUCCCGGGCAGCGAGGACCGACUUCAGAGGAAGAGUGACCCAGAGAGGUGCAGCGGGAAAGCGGGCAGGAGGGAGUCAGAGUGUCGUAGAGAGUUCUUUGUCUGUCCAACUCCCCUCCCAAAGGCUGCAGAGGCUUCUUCAGGCCCGACUGGGAAACACAAGCUGGUGUCGGAGGACCGAGACGAGGUGAGGAGAAAGAACUCUCUGACCUGUAAAGAGGAUUCUGGACCUGUCGAAGAAGCGGUGAGCUCGACACGGGCCGACCCGACUGACGUCUCCUACGCAACGCUGCCGCUUCGCACCAGAACUUCUUCCUCUGAGUUGUUGGUUUGUUUCCAGGGAGUUCUGUCCGACUCGGAGAACGAGGAGCCCAUCAGCAGGAGGAUCAGAACCAUCUCGGCCUUCAUCAGAAAAACCAAAAACUUCUCGACCGUCGGCAGCGGUUCUCAGAGGAGUCGUAGCUGCACCGACCCGCUCGAGGACAGAGGAGGGAAGAUGAAGGUGGUGAUCCAGUCGGCGGCUGCGAUGGAGCGGGUGGGGAUCAGCCACAGCUCGGCAGCAGGAAUCCUCCUCUCCUCGGAGAACAGCCGCUCGGUCUCUGCUCCCAUCACGGCUCCGGACCGAAGGCUCACCUGGAGGGCGGUUCUGACAUCAUCAGCUCCUCUGGGCCUGACCCCAGCCAGAACCGAGCGCUCCAUCAGUCCUGAGAGCAACGACAGCAUCUCAGAGGAGCUCAACCACUUCAAGCCCAUCGUGUGCUCGCCGUGCACGCCGCCCAAGCGGCUGCCGGAUGGUCGUCUCAUGGAGCCCACCAUUGUGAAGUCCACUCCUCGGAACCUGACCCGCGGGCUUCAGAAGACCACCAGCUACGAGGCCAGCCCAGUUGUCCUGCAGAAAUGGAGGCAGAUAGAACUGGACCGGCAGAGCCUCAAAGUGAACUCCAAGGCCACGUUGACGAGUCCCACCACUGAGUUCUGUGCCAAGCUAGAUGGGUCAGCCAAGCCACAUCAGCAGCGAGCGGGUCAGAACCUGGCGUCCUCCAACAAGAGGAGGCUGCUGUUCGAACAUCCAGCCGCAGACCGGGACGACUUCCACAAACAGCUGGUUAAGAUCCGGGUUCCUGCGGUCCGCUACUGUAGAGAAGCGUCUCUGAGAGGAGGUUCAGACUUUGAGCUGGCAGACGGUACCUCUGGGCCGUGCAGCGGGUCGGUGCCGCUGGGCCUGAAGCACUCGUUCUCUCCGUACGUCAACGACUUGGGUCCGUUAGUUCUAAAGGGCUCUCAGAGUCCCAGGAGGGACGGCACCCACAACCAGUCUACCUCGAGGAGGGGCAGGAAGAGGGACCAGAAGACCAAACACCUGGACCCGAGCACGGACCUGGACCUAAAGAGGAGCAGGCCCAGCAACCAGGAGGCCCACUGUCAGGUCCAACAGGACCGAGCUCUUGCCCUCAAACUGCAGAAACAGUUUGACCUAGAGAGCCGAAGCCACUGGACCAGUCCCAACAGGUACUUUCUACGGUCCUGGAAGUCCACACAGAACCGCAGGAGGCGUGGCCCGAGAAGGUCUCGGCGAAUUAACAAGAAGCACUGAAAGGAGCUGACUCGGCACAAAAUAAACUCAAAUAUGCAACGAGGCCAAAGGUUCUGAACGUUUUCCUUCCUAACACCAGCAGAACUCCCAACAGCUGGGUUUAAAACCCAACCCACGGAGGGGUCGGUCCAGAAGAGUCAGUCGACCCGGUACAGGUUCUGCUGAGGAACAAAACGUCUUAGUGAGCAGAAACCAAAAGAACCAGAACUGAACCCGAAGGCCACCGGGUCCAGUUAACUUGUUCAGGCCACGAAAUCACACGACUUCCUUUCCUCCAAUCACGUGGCUGCUGAGCAGAUCCGGUUGCUGUGUUUGUCCUGACCCAGACCGAUCCGAACCACUGGACCGGACCACGGAAACCACUCUUGGGUUUAGUUGUGGUGUUCUGGCUGACUGUUCACACCUGGUAUCAAAACCUUCCAGAGGCUUCUGGCCCGUUAGUUCACAUGUCAUUAAUCACUCGGAGUCAGCAGGUCACCCAGACUUGGGUUCUCAUUUUCAACCUUAGCUGACGGGUCGAGUCGGGCCGACUAAUUCAGAACCGCUACAAACGAGUGUUUAAUACUCGACCAAUCGUGUUAGCUUGCUGCGCCAGGAUGCAGCUGCUGUAAAACAGCCAUCCUUGUGAUGCGCCGACUCAACAUAAAGACAAGAUAAGCUCGUCAAACAACGGCGGUCUCGUGUGCGUCGCCGACGAGUUCAACAGCGCCUCGGUCGCAACGCUUGAGUGUGGCUGGCAAUGUAGCGGGAUACAAUAAAUCACGAGCGUCGGAGCAAACGUGUCACAAACGUGCGCUAAAGAUCAUGAACUCCCCGUCGCUACUGUUGAUGUUCGUAGGUAACGAGGAGCUUAACGAGGCGACUGCUCGUUCUCGUCGCCCACGGCGAUGUGCGUCGCCGUUGUGCUCCCGUGAAAGGAAGGUUCUACUUUGCAGAUUUUACACUGUACCCGCUUCUCUUUUAUCUUCGUAAAUGCUCCCAAACUUGCUGGCUCGCCACGAUGCCGUUUUUCUGGGGACGCGACGGCCGACUCGGGUGGCCACUACUGCACGUGUGUUCCGAGCAGAAGGCAGCAGAAGGUGCCGCAGCAGUGUUGCUACAUAGAACAAACGAUGAUGUCGAUUGUUGCACGUUUCGUUUGUUGAUGUCAUCGCGACGAAUCGACUAAUCGUGGCAGCGCUAGAGGUUUGUGGUCGGACUGAGUUGGGUUUUGACACCAGAGAGUGAAAAAACGAGUGUCUUUGUGCCAAUUGUCAAAAUAAGGCUAAAGUCUGGUCAGUGUUCAGGUGCAGGAAACACGCCGACGGUUCACGAGAUGCUGCACACACGAUGGGCAGUGGUUGCUUACCGUAAUAAGCGUGGUAAGUGCUCCCUACUGUAAAACACCCUACAGUGUUGGCACCAGAUGAGUCGAUGUAUUUACCUACUUAUAAACUUAUUCUCUGUGGCUCGUCUUCACUGGUCACCUAGAACCUUCUGGUUCUGAUCUGUAACUGGCAACAGCCACAAAAGUCUUGGACCGGGAGUGAGAAAGUAAUUUUUUGUCUAGAAAAGUGGACUGCAGCGUCCACAUUUGACAGGAUGUAAUUUUUACUUUAUUUUUUACAUAUUGCACCAUUAAAGACAUGGAAAUUCUG